CUUUUGUGUGGAGAUUCCGGGCGCUGCCGCUUUCCUACGCUGCUCCUCAGAUCCUGGGGUUGAUUUGUGCGUCCCUGAAGCUAAUGUGUAGAGAGUUUGGGGCAGGAGAAUCCCGGGUCAAGCCACGACAGUUCUCUCUUUAAUCCACUCCAUUCCCUCCUCUCCCAGCUAAGCUGCCAGAAGAGUGCACUGUGCAUUUUCAAGAGCAAGAAAAGAUGGAUAACUCUACAGAGUUGGUGUCACUUGAGGAUGUGGCUGUGGACUUCACCUGGGAGGAGUGGAGGGACUUGAAUGAUGCUCAGAGGACUUUGUACAGGGAUGUGAUGCUGGAGAUCUACAGCAGCCUCGUGUCAUUGGGGUACUGCAUUAGUAAACCUGAGGUGAUCCUCAAGUUGGAGAAAGGAGCAGAGUCAUCGAUAAGAAAAGAAUACUCAAAGCAGUGCCUCCCAGAUGUCCAUAUAGUCAAUGACCUAAUUGAGAGGAGCCAAGAAAGUCAUGGUAGAUACUUGUGGCAAGGUGUAAUCAUCAAUGGCAACCAAUCAACUGAGGAGAGAGUGGAGUUAGGAAAAUCAGUGAAUGCACAUUCAAUGCAUAUUUUGAAUCUGGUUAUAAAUAAUAAAAACUAUUCACGAGUGGGGCAUGAGGAGUUUAUCAAUUGUCAGAAUGCAAUUCUUGCAGAGACUGAUGCCAUGUGUGCUGGACAGAAACCUGAUGAGCAUAAUAUGUCUGAGGAAUCACACAGUCAUCAUGAGCAUCUUAGUCAGCAUCCUAAGAUUCCAGCUGGGCAACUUUUUGAAUAUAGUGGAAAUGGACAAUUCUCCAAUACAGUGCCAAUAAUAUUUGCAUAUAAGAAAACUCAUAUGGGUGAGACCACUUAUAAAUAUAGUGAAUGUGGGAAAGCCUGUAAUAAGUCCUCUGUCAUUGCCCAAGAGAUAGCUCAGGGAGGGAUGAAAACUUUUCAAUGUGGUGUAUGUGGGAAAAUGUUCUAUAAAAAGGCUAGACUUACUCAACAUCAGAUUAUACACACAGGAGAGAAACAUGAUAAAUAUAGCAAAUGUCAGAAAUCUUUUAUCAAGGAAUCAUACCUUAUUUCGUAUCAGGGAACAUCUACAGGGAAAGCUUUCAACCAAAAGUCAGCCCUCAACAGGCAUCAGAGAAUUCACAAAAGUAAAACAACAUAUGAAUGUAAGGAAAAUUCAAAAGCUUUUAACCAAAUGUCAGCCUUCAGUAUGCAUUGGAGAACUUACCCAGGUGAUAAGCCCCACAAGUGUAAUGGAUGUAGAAAAACAAUUAACAACAAGCCAUCCUUCAGAAUGAAUAAGAUUACUCACACUGGGAAAACACCUUAUGAAGGUAAAGAAUGUGGAAAAGCUUUUAAGUUAAAGUCACACCUCAGCAAGCAUCAGAGAAUUCACACAGGUGAGAAACCAUAUGGAUGUAAAGAAUGUGGAAAAGCUUUUAAGUUAAAGUCACACCUCAGCAAUCAUCGGAGAAUUCACACAGGUGAGAAACCAUAUGAAUGUAAAGAAUGUGGAAAAGCUUUUAACCAAAAGUCACACCUCAGCAAUCAUCAGAGAAUUCACACAGGUGAGAAGCCAUAUGAAUGUAAAGAAUGUGGAAAAGCUUUUAAGCAAAAGUCACACCUCAGCAUGCAUCAGAGAAUUCAUACAGGUGAGAGACCAUAUGAAUGUAAAGAAUGUGGACAAGAUUUUAACCAAAAGUCACACCUCAGCAGGCAUCAGAGAAUUCACACAGGUAAGAAACUAUAUGAAUGCAAAGAAUGUGGAAGAGCUUUUAAGUUAAAGUCACACCUCAGCAAGCAUCAGAGAACUCACACAGGUGAGAAACCAUAUGAAUGUAAAGAAUGUGGAAAAUCUUUUAACCGAAAGUUACACCUCAGCAUGCAUCAGAGAAUUCACACAGGUGAGAAACCAUAUGAAUGUAAAGAAUGUGGAAAAGCUUUUAACCAAAAGUCACACCUCAGCGUGCAUCAGAUAAUUCACACAGGUGAGAGACCAUAUCAAUGUAAAGAAUGUGGAAAAGCUUUUAACCACAAGUCAGCCCUCAGCAUGCAUCAGAGAAUUCAUACAGGUGAGAAACCAUAUGAAUGUAAAGAAUGUGGAAAAGCUUUUAAUCGAAAGUCAGCCCUCAGCAUGCAUCAAAACAUUCAUCCAGGUGAGAAACCAUAUAAAUGUAAAGAAUGUGGAAAAGAUUUUAAGGUAAAGUCACAACUCACCAAGCAUCAGAGAAUUCACAGAGGUGACAGACCAUAUGGAUGUAAAGAAUGUGGAAAAGCUUUUAACCGAAAGUCACACCUCAGCAUGCAUCAGAGAAUUCACACAGGUGAGAGACCAUAUGAAUGUAAAGAAUGUGGAAAAGCUUUUAACCAAAAUUCACACCUCAGCAGGCAUCAGAGAAUUCAUAGAGCUGAGAAGCCACAUUAAUGUAAAGAAUGUGGAAAAGCUUUUAACCAAUAGUCAACCCUUGGCAUGCAUCAGAGAAUUCAUACAGGUGAGAAGCCACGUGAAUGUAAUGAAUGUGGGAAAAGGUGUUUUUACAACGUCACAGUUGAAAAGACAUCAGGAUACUAACACAAGAAAAAACUCCUUAUGAAUACAGUACGACAGGCCUUGUACUGAAAUUCCCCCUAACAGAUAAAAAAGAAUUAACACAAAGGAAAAUCUCAGUGAAUAUAAUUUAUAUGGGAAAAGAUUUUUCCAGAAGUCAUACUACAAGACAUCAGAGAACUUGUAUCCGGAAGAAGACCUGUAAAUAUACAGUUGUCCUCAGGCAUUGAAGAAUGUCUUGAGGAUCCCCUAUUGAUAUAAAAAUUUGCUGAUGCUCAAGUCCCUUCUAUAAAUGUUGUAGUGUUUGUGUAUUACCAAUUCACUUCCUGCUGUGUAUUUUACAUCUUGUGUAGAUUACUUAUAGUAUGGAAAAAAUGUGAAUACUAUGUAAAUUGUUGUUAUACUGUGUUGUUUUUCACUUGUAGAAUUGUUUUAUUUAUUGUGUUUAUUUACUUUUGAGGAUUUUUGAUAAGUAGUUUCUUGAAUCACCAGAUGUGUAACCCUCAGAUAUGGAAGGAGGACUGUAAUAAGUGUGUAAACAUCUUUUCUCCAAAGUCUCAAGGCUGACUAUGUUUAGAGCAUUUUUGCUUAUAACAUUGCUGCUCUUAACACAAAUGAUCUCCAUACCAGCCUUGCACCAAAACAUAAAUAAAUAAAAAUAAAAAGGAAUCAUCAUAGCAGGCAUGAGAGGAUUUAAAGAGGGGAGAAAUUCUAUGUGGACUAAACUGACUGUGUCUUUUUAAAAAUAAAACCACUCUUUUCUCUUGUUUGCAUAGCCUGCAAUCUGAGUAUUCCACAAUUCGGUGGAUGACCAUGUAAUGUAACUGUGUUCAGGGGAAUACAGAUAUAAGUGGUGAACAUUACCUCCAGUUCAGGCAACAAAAUUUUUAAAAAUUCCAUUCAGUUCCUGGUUUCUCAUGUUAUUUGCAACUGAGUAAAGAUGACUCUUGGGCGCACUUGGGGGCCACAAGUGAAAGAAAUCCACUCUAGUUUAAAAUAGAAGAAAUUGAAGAAACCAGAGAUAUUCUUGCCACUACCCCAAAACCUAUGUUUACACAUUAUAUAGGAAAUUAUUUCUUGUUAAGCCAUUUUUAUGUGUGCCCUGUCUGCAUUACAACACAAGAGGUGCACUCCAGCUAAAUGAUUUUAUAGACUUUCUGAGAGGAUUUACCAGUCCUUGUAUAUGGGAAGAGUAUCCUGUGUUGUCACCAUUUAUACCCAAGUCAAUUUGUGGGAAAACCAAAUAUGGGGAGAAAGAAUACAAUAAAUGUGAAAUUUCUUAUUGGCACAGUUCAUUGAACAGUGAAAAUAAAGUUAAAUAUCUUUCUAAAUCUCUAUAAUCUGUCACAGCUUUCAAGAAAGCUUUCAACACUUUUUAUGUCAGAAUUUGAA